GUUACUUUCACUUUGAAUACUUCAUUGCGAGCAAUAAUAAAUAAAAUCUACAGAAUGUCUGAUGAGAUAUUAUCAAGCGUUGAGCAAAUUUUCGUGACUGUUAGAGGGGCCCGGGGACAAUUAAGAGCAGUGACGUUACCGAUCAUUCGACCACUGAUAUAAAAAUGUUUAAAUACUUUGAUAAUUUUCUUCUAAUUGCUUCUAAUAAAAUAUUAGAACACGUUGUUUACUGUAUCGACAAGUACGCGCAAAUUUAUUUUUCAGCGCAUGUCAUAUAAAAGGGUAACGAUGCAAAAUGGCGGCGUACUUGGCAGUUGUCUGUUGUACAAAAUAGGUUAACGGGUGGUGCCUAUAUGCGACCGAUAAUUCUAUGAGAUUCAGCGAGAAACUAAUAGUGUUGAAAGGUAUUAUGAUCGGCUUGAGAUAAGAUUCGUGUACACGGCGCGUUUUAAUCUCCCGUACAUCGAGCGCAUCCGGUAGAUAAUGGCCGAAAAUGUCAUCACAAGUGACGACGAGCUCCUGAAAGAUAUUAAGAAGCUUCUCUGGGGUUCGACCGUCAAGGAGGACGUUUUUAAGCGAUGGGCGCAAGGCUUUUACUUCAGUAUAGACGAACCUACUGCACUUGUACAGAGAGAAGGAGGGCCUUGUGCGGUGAUAGCUCCAGUUCAAGCAUUUAUUUUGAAACAGUUAUUAUUAGAGAGCGAUGUCAUAACUUGGAAGGCUAUCAAGGCUGAAAAAUGUGAUCAAUUACUUGUAAAAGCUAUGACUGAAAUUAUUAAUCAAGCCGCCGAUGUUCAGGAUCCUAAGUAUUCAGUAGUGCAUGCCAAUGAUUCCAAUGGCUUUGCUUCUAGUAAAGAAGGCUCCAAGUCAACAGAGCCCGCGAUAAAUUCAGCGCAAGAUACCAGCGAAAGUAGUCGAGUUAGUGAAACACAAGUUACAAAACAAUCAUCAUUAGAAUCGGAUGUUUUUCAUUCUCAAUUGAGGAUAUUUACUACAAGUAGCAUCGACGAUGUGGAAGAUUUCUUUACAGAACGAAUUGGAAUGUUAAAAGAUCAGUACGGGAUAUUGUUGCUACUUUAUACAGUUAUGUGUACAAAAGGAGUUUCAGAGGUACGUUUCGAAAUGUCAGACCCUGCAGAACCCAUGAUCGAUUCUACCUACGGAUACGGGAGUCAAAGUUUAAUAAAUUUAAUGCUUACUGGGCGAGCAGUUGGUCAUGUCUGGGAUCAUGAUCAAGAUGUUGGUGGAUUAAAAUUAAGUGGUAUAAACAAACAAAACACAGUAGGAUUUCUAGCUUUGCUAGAGUAUUUACGAUAUUGCGAAGUGGGAGUAUUUUUAAAGUCACCGUCACAUCCAAUUUGGGUGUUGGGAUCGGAAACGCAUUUAACCGUACUCUUCUCUACGGAAAAAAAAUUAGUGAGUCCAGAGACGCCGGCGGAACAAGCACAAAGAAUUUUCAAACGCUUCGAUCCGGAUGGAAAUAACUUUAUCUCGGCAAAUUUACUGCAGGAUGUGCUGGCAGAAUUAGGACUAGUAGCUGAUGCAGAAUAUGUCGAUAUCAUGAGGAAAAAACUGGACGGUGAAAAUUUAGGAAUAAUACUUCUCGCAUCGUUUAUGGAUGAGUUCUUUCCCGAGGAACCAUGCAUGUGCCCAGACACAUUUGUCUUAUAUCACUACAACGGCUUGCAACGUAGCAAUCCAGAAAAUAGAGUAAAAUAUCACAAGGGACAAGCAGUAUUGCUUGAAUGCACUGUGAAGUGUAUCAUGGAUAGCAAUCCCAUGCUGACAGUUUUGCAAACAAAAUGGCCAAGGAUUGAGAUCCAGUGGGACAUAGGACGAAAUCCUAGUUUAAAUUAGAAUUUAUAAACUGUAAUAUAUAUGCAAUGAGGCCGACACGUAGAGUGACCUGACCGAGCGCUUCUAUAGAAUAUCAGCGAGAGGAUUAGCACUUUAAGACCGUAGUCUAGUCAGAUCGGCCAUCUGGUUUGCAUCGGUGAAUCCUACGAAGGUAUUGAUUUCCGUCAAUAAGAAAUACUGAUUAUUUCAACGCGGAAAUAUUUAGUAUUUAUAACGCGCAUAGAGUCAGUAUAACAAUCAAGAAUAUUACAUUUUGUGUCAAAAGUAUAUUGCACUACGCUAUGUCCACAAGAUUAAAGCGGUUUAUUUUUAUGGGCAUAUUUUUAAUGACUAUGUCGUCAGAAGUAUAAUGUAGUAACUUUGCAAGUGAAUAUCGUAACAAAAUUUUCAGCACAAUAGAAUUUGACGAUAUGUCGAUGGUCGAAUACACAAGGUUCUCAAAAGCAUUCUGCUUAUUCACGCAAUUUAUUUCGUAACACAAUCUCUCGUUGUCUUGUGACUAAACUUACGAAUUCCGUUGGAGUUUGAGUAAAAUUCAUUUUGUUAUAUAUUGUACGGUAGAUAUAAAAUGUUACUAAAAUAUAAGACACCAUUACAUAUUUUCAAACUUACGCGCAUGUAUUUUAUUAUUUUAUAACUCUUGUCAUGAAAAUGACUUGUGUAGAUCAAAGAUACAGUAAUGUUUAAAAAAAAAAUCGUUUAUCUAAUAAAAUAAAAUUUUUAAUAUUUUUCCCUUCAAAAUUAGAGGUAUAUUAAAAAUAAUCGAUGGAUUGACUAACAACCGACGUGCAAAAUGAAGUAUUUAUUUUAUUAUUUUUUAAUUAUACAAACGUUACUUUAUUCAUUUAUUAGGUCUGAAAUAAUAUUUUCGAUGCAUGUAUUUUAUAAUUAUAAAAUAUGCAAAAUUGAAUAAUAUGGUUGCAAAUCUAAUCGAAAGAUCGAAAAGUUUAAUAUGAAUAUUAUAUAAACAUUUCUUCUAAGAUA